AUGCUUGAACGCCACACGCUGAUUGAUUUGGGUGAUGUGGAUGAGCAAACUAGAGAUAUUUUCAGACUACUGCAGCCAGCUCUCGUUCCCGCGAGGAGUUUCCCGGGGGUCUUGAGCCUCGAGGUCCAGCUAGGCCUGAUCACCAUGUCGCCCACCUCAAUUGCUGAGAAUCACAAUGUAUUAACCUUGUCGGAACUAGAGCGGAUAGUUGCUCCUCAGAGUGGCCUCGAUGGUACUAUUUCGGCUUUUCAUAAAAGACUCACCACGUCUCCCCGUGACGUAGAUCACCUAGUCGAUAUUGAGAAAAAUGGCUGUCGACUCUUUGAAAGAUAUCCGGGAGUUCUCAGCACCCAAUACGAGUUUCAUUGCGCGACGAAGUCCGGAGACCUCGUGAUUGUCAGCAUUGAUGAUCAUGGCGCAACCAAGAUCAACAGGCCGCCAAAAGUGCUGGGAUCUGUUCACAUGAGUUUUCCAACCCAUUUUUGGGAUGCCGCCGUCAUCUUGCAGGGCCACAUGGAGCAAUUCAAGAGUGUGGACCUUGAAAUUGCCCGUGCAGCGCAACAUAUCAUCGAUAAUCUGUUCAUCGACCAUCUGCGGGUGCAGGGCAAUCGGACUCGAGUAAAGCUUCAGACUCGUUGUGAUGGCUAUCUAACCAUCAAUAAGGUGUGGUCGAAACAAGUAACUCGGUAUCGAUGCCUGGAGAGUACGGACGAUGGCUCAUGGACAACCGGACUGUGCCUUCAGGUGACUGAGUGGCAGGACUUGUUUAUUUCUCCGCGUCUGGUGGAGAGUGACGUGGUGGAGGCGGAAUGCACCUCUCUGGGUGAAAUGGUUCAGGCCCAUCGGCAAUGGUGGGAGGCCUCACUGGUCAGCCCCGGGAUCGAUGCCGUGUUGGAAGAGAAUGCCAACUUGAGCCCCGGGGAGUACACCACCAAGUGGAAAGCAAAUGACCUCAUGGGAACAAGUCCAGCCUCUGUUUCCAUCGAGCAGUCGCCCUCCUCUAUCGCAAUCGCUAUCGGGUCUGCUGGACUAGGAGCUCUGAUCCGUCUCGCUGCGAUCGUUGUUGAGAAUAUUGACACAGUCGGAUACCACAACGCGGGUCCUUUGCUGGACUUGGCAAGAACCGCAAGCUCCGAGCUCAGCUCCGUGGAGUCCACUCCGCUGGCUGCGUCUCGGCCUGCUUCUGGCGCCUCGAGACGGGGCUCAAAGCCCAGGACGCCCCGUGACGGGGACGGAUCACGGUUUGCAAAUGUUGUUGCUAGCAAAGGGGUCCGGGGGUUGGUCAGAAGGAUUCUAAAUUCUGGUGAAAAAGAAAUGGUUGGAGGCGUGUAG